ACAAGUCAAAGUGCUCGUCAGUGUUUCUGCUAGCACAGACCCAACCAGGAAGUCCACAUAGUUGCAUAUUAAUACAAGCAUAACUGCGGAUCUCCAUCAUUUAACGGUGAAAGGACGGCAUGAGUUCUGCUGCCCCUCCGACGAUUGGGGAGUUAUUCCUCAUCCUCAGUGAGAUGGGCUUCUCAGAGGAGCAGAUCCAGGCAGCUGUACAGGCGGGGCAUUUUUCUGUGUCAGACGCAGCUGAGUGGCUCCUGCAGGGUCAGUAUCCACGGCACAGGUUGAUGAAGCAGUCAUCACAGCCGGCUGAGACAGCGAUUUCUGCUUUCAACCCACCCAAAGAUGCAGCGAGCACUUCAGAGGCGAAUACAUCUCCUUCUGACAGCAGAGCAUCCCCUUCAUUGCUGCUGAGACCAUCACAGUCAGGCAACCUGUCCCCGGACCCACUACCAGUCGAGUCCCGCAUCAAACAGGACAAGAGUGACUUUGAAGAGCAGCAGAGACAACGCGUUGCACAGGAGGCUAGAGCCGAGAGGAGACAAAAGAAACAGGAGCGUGAGUCCGUGUUGAAGCGGAUAGCUGAGGAUCGGAGGAGUUUGCAGCAGAAGAAGCAGACCGGCGCUGCAACAGAGACGUCUCCUCCCAGUGUUCAGGAACAGAAGCUCGGAGGAAAGAUUCAGACCAAUGUGGAUAACAACUGCGUCCUCAUGAUCCGGCUCCCAUCCGGCGAGUCCAUGCGUGAGCGUUUCCCGGCCGACGCUCCUCUGCGCAGCGUCGUGGAGCACAUCGCCGGGCGUCACCCCUCCCUUCCAUCCUUCUCCCUCCUCCAGGGUUUCCCACGGAAACGCUUCGGGGAGGCAGAGCUCGCUUGUUCUCUGCACUCCCUUGGCCUCACUCCCAACGCUGCUCUGUGUAUUCAGACCACUCCUCCUGAGACGCCUCAGGAUCCGCCGAGUCCUGCAGAUCCACCGUCAGCGGGACCCAACGAGCCCCCACCUUGUGUUGUGUGUCCUCAGCCACCCGUCCCGGUCCUGGAGGGGGCGGGAGGGCCGGACCUGGUUCUCCCUCCUCCACUACCCAACGAGCUGUGGGAAGAGGCAGUGAAUUACGCAGGGAUUCCUGGAGGUGGUCCUUCUCUGACCGGGCCCUCUCACUUCUGGGGCCGAGGCCAGAGAUUGAAUCCUGGUGAAGCUGAGGAGGCUGUGGGCAUAGAAGUUGACGAGGAACAAGGAGAAGAGGAAGAGCCACCCUACAUGCUUAACGGAAUGCCCCAGCUGCCUUUCUUUCCGGAGAAUAGGAUUCGUGGAGAAUUUGAGCCCAGGCACCACUGGCCAGAGCAAGGCAAUCGACUGAGGGAGGCUCAAGAGGAGGUCCAAGCAGAGCCUGAGGAUGCUGGGGCUCGGGAGGCUCCUGGAGCUGCAGGUCUGGCUGCGGUGGAGCGUCUGCAAAGAGCUGCACAGCAAGAGGACCCCCGUGCCUCCCAGGGACAACCGUCACCCCCUAAAAAACCCUACAGGGCCCCCAGCGUGCCGUCCCUAUGUGCCUUGGCAACCCGCGCAACUGUCCACCUCAUGACUGCUCCCAGCAUGCAGUACAGCAGCAGUCUGGCGUGCCUCACCCCGGAGCUAGCGGAGCUUCUGCUCAACCACAUGUCCCGCGAGAGGCUCCUGCGUCCGCGCACCCUGGAGCUCUUCUUCGGCUGCCCAUUGCAGAAGUUUGUCCUAAACUGCUACCCUUACUCCACCAACGAGCUCCUGCGGCAGUUACGGGCCUUCACGGCACUGAAGCACCUGAGUCUGGUCAACUCGCCUCUCAUCACUGACUCUGGGCUCUCAAUCCUGUCCAGCCUGGUCAAACUCCAGUACCUCAACCUGGCCUCCUGUAGCAAACUGACCGACUCCUGUCUGCAGCAUAUCACAGGUUUAAAGAGCCUGUAUUUCCUGUCGCUGGACCACACCAAAGUGACAGAUGCUGGGUUGGUAUUAUAUCUACAGUCGGCUCCGUCCUGUCUGUCACAGCUCAGCCUGAACCAAACGGCUGUGACUGAAGCCACACUGGCAGUCCUGCCCACCUGUGUGCCACAACUGAGGCUCCUAAGCAUCAAGCAGACAAAGGUCAGUGACGUGUCGGCAUUGGCAGAGCUGUCCAGCCUGCAGACUCUCAACCUGGACGGGACCAGCGUGACAGAAAGCUCUCUGGAGCACCUCGCCACCCACCCCACCCUGUCUUCCCUCAGUUUGGCGGGAAUCCCCGUAGCAGAUGGUGAUCGCGCCCUGCAGAUCAUCUCAGGUUUGAAGUUGACUCAGCUGACCCUCCCUGGACGCCACUCUGUGGCAGACAGCGGGUUGUCAUUCCUCUCUAGACUGUCUGUGCUCUUAGAGCUGGACCUGACUGACUACACACAGGUCACAGACCAGGGAGUCCGCCAGCUCUCCACCAUGAGCAGGUUGAAGAAGCUGUCACUUAGCAACACACAGGUGACGGAUGCAGGGCUUCCCUCGCUGCGCGGCCUGCUGGAGCUGCAGGAGCUCUGUUUGGACCGGACAGCGGUCACCAGCCGAGGAGUGGCCGAACUCAUCACCUGUCUGCCGCACCUCCAGGUGUUGGGGUUAGCCAGCACUCAGGUGGGAGACACAAUAGUGAGGAGAGGUCUGAGCCGCUGCAAUCAACUAGUGAAGCUUAACCUCAGCCGCACACGGAUCACAGACCACGGUCUAAAGUUCAUGAAACACAUGCAUCUGGCUCAGGUGAACCUGGACGGCACCGGUGUGAGUCUGAUGGGCAUCGCCAGCCUCCUCUCCUUCACCAACAUCAGCAGCAUUCGGGCCAGCAACACUCGCAGCAUUCCCCCCGACGAGGUCUCAGACGAGGAGUGGGAAGCCCAGUGAGCAUUCGACACCUUCGGGUCGGUCCAUGCAUACUGUACCUGAGCACGCCUCUGACUGCUGCCCCCCCCCCCCCCUUUAGCCCCAGAAACAUCCUGCCUACUGGAUACUCUGAAGAGCAGCAUAACUGAAAACACUCCUAUUUGCACUGUUUCAACCGCAGCUAGUGCCACUAAUCUGUCAAUCACACACGCUACCAAGUUGAAACCUUAAAACGAGAGCCCGGUGUUUAAAAAAAACAAAAACUGGGCCGUUAAUAUCGUUUACAUAUAUAGAAUAAAUCUGCAUUUACUUCCAUACACUGCAGCCCUUUGUCUCUGGAAGAAAAACAAACCUCCACCUGACAAACGUUAAAGCUUUAUGUGCAGCCUCAUAGGUUGGAACUGGUUUCUGAGCCGACUGGCGGGAACAUAUUAAGUGUUAGAAAUGUAAGAUAUAACACAGCAUGUAUUUUCAGACUGUAAACAUUAUCGGCCUGAUAUGUUUAAAUUAAAUUAAAACUUAAAUAACAAAUUGUCAAUUCAACUAAAUCUGGUUUGAAGAUUAAUUUUUUGGACGGGUGUGAUGUCAGAUAAUUUCUUUGGGUAAUCAUUCUGUCUAUUAAAACUAACAUUGAAUCUUAAACUGUAUUUAUGUCAUGUUGGAUUUAUUAGAAUACAAUUAGAUCCAAUAUUUCUUUGUAAGCGUGAAUAAUUGGCAGUAUUAAUUGUAAAGUUCACACAAAAAACACUAGACAGAUGUCAAAGAUGAUAAAAGUAUUGUAGUUUUGUUGCCACCAUGACAAAAAAUAUUUGCUCAGUUUCUCAUCUUAAUGUCAUUUUAGUGCACAGACUAUUUUUUUUAACCAUCCUGCUCGAUGUCUAGAUACAUAAUCAGUCUAAGUAGGCAUUCAAAGUGUUCUUUCUUGUUAUAACAUCAAUUUGUUUAAACAAGACAUUUUUCAAUCUGUGAUAAAGUAUUUUGUUUCUUGUUGAAACUGGAAUAUUUGGUAUGUAGUAAUGUAAAAAAUGAGAACAUAAAAAUGGUCUUGUUAGUAAUUAUAAUUUAGUUAUGAGAAACUGAUCAUGUAUUUGUCCUGGUAGCAGCAAAGUUUUGGCCAGUUUCUUUGACAGUUUUCCUGUCUGACAUAAACACAGCUUUACUGUAAGAGCUCAUAAUGAAGAGCUCAUAACUUGUGCUGUCACCUGUAUGGUUGUUAGUUUACAGCAAACCACAAGUCACUUAGAAACUUAUUAUUUUUUUUUUUAAUAGUGCAUUGGAUUAAGUUAAUAUAUAUAUAUAUAAAAUAAAAAUCGCUGUUCUAUUAAUAUUUAUUAGCAUUAGUUAUGCCACCAUCUUGGAACAGCCCAGCCAUUUUCAGUUUAAGGGAAGAUCGGGUGAGCAGCAGCGAACAGAGUAGAGAGCGUAAUAUGAAGUAGGAUCUAUGCAGCCAUGGGGCUCACCAGCCAGAAUCCAAAGCAACUUAUUUUACCCACAUCUAGUUUUGUCCUUUUGUUUACAGAGAUG